AUGUCAAGAGUAACAGUAAGACUUCUUUUGAAUGGAGAAUAUUUUGCAAAUAAACCAUUAAAUUCACAAGACAGUUUGAAAACAGUAAGAGAGAAAUUAAAAGGAAAGAUGUCUGAUUCUCAACAGUUUUUAACAAGAAAAGGAGAUAGAAUUGAUGUGAACGAUGAAGAAGAAUAUAUAGUCGAAGAUAUAAUAAAUAAUGAAGAAAUUAAUCUUAAAGAAGAAAAAGAAAAUAUACCAGAAGUUGAACCGAAUAUUCCAAUUGAAGGAAGCACAAGAUUGACAAGUCAUGAAAAUGGAAAGUUGAAAAUAUAUUUAUAUCCAAAUGAACCAUUUAAUCAAAUAGAUGAGAAUGAUGCGAUUGCUAUUCUAGUCGUUGGUGAAACAGGAAGUGGGAAAACUACAUUAUUAAAUAGUUUUGUAAAUGCAUUAUAUGGAAUUAAAAUAACAGAUGACUUUAGAUAUAUAAUUAUAAAUGAAGAUCAUUUAGAACAGUAUGGAAAUAUGUCUGUAAGUCAAACGAGUCAAGUUUCAAUUUAUAAUAUUAAAAGAACAAAAAGAACACCACCAAUCAAAAUUAUAGAUACACCAGGAUUUGGAGAUACAAGAGGAAUUGCAUGGGAUAAAGAAAUUACUAAACAAAUAAAAAAAGCAUUUGAAACGAAAGUAUUUGAUUUAAAUGCUAUUUGUUUUGUUGCAUCAUCAAGUAAUGUAAAAUUAACAGCUAGUCAAAAAUAUGUAUUUGGGAAUAUUAUCAACUUAUUUGGGAAAGAUGUUAAAAAGAAUUUUAUUGCAAUGCUUACAUUCUGUGAUGGUAAAACACCGCAAGUUAUAAAUGCAUUAAAAUCAAAAGAUUGCAUUUUCAGUACAAUUAUUCCAGAAAUAGAUAACCCGUGGUAUUUAAAAUUCAAUAAUUCAGCUAUUUAUGAUGAUAUUACAGAAGAUGAAUUUACACAAAUGUUUUGGAAAUUAGGUAUGAAGAAUUUUGAUGACUUUAUUUCAAAGUUAGUAAAACUACCAAGAAUAUCAUUAGAGACAUCAAGAGAAGUAUUGAAGAGAAGAGAACGUAUUAAAGUUCAAAUUGAAGGAUUAAGAAUAUCAUUAAACAAUGGUUUAUCGAAAUUGGAUGAAAUAAAACAGAUAUGUGAACAAUUCUAUUUGAAUCAAGAAAAAGUUAAAAAUAAUGAAAAUUUUACUUUUACUGUAGAUAUAACAAAACAAAUUAAAGUUGACUUAGAACCAGGAGAAUAUGUAACCAAUUGUUUGAGAUGUCAUAAAUCGUGUCAUCCUAGUUGUUCUAUUCCAGGAGAUAUGAAAAUAAAUUGUUUGUGCAUUGGUGAUGACGGAAAUUGUACUGGAUGUAAAUGUCAUUAUACACAACAUGCAAACUCAUCAUAUAGAUUUGAUUAUGUAAUAGAGAAAGAACAAAGAACAGCAAAAGAAGUACUUGAAAGAUAUAAUGAAGGUAAAAAAGGAAUGGAUAGUGCAGAAAGUAUGUUAAAACAGUUAGAAGAAGAGUAUUAUAAAAUUCAAAUGGAUUGUUAUGAUAAGGAAAUAGAAAUUAUCGAAUGCGUUAAUAAAUUGUCUGAAAUUGCAUUAAAUGAUAAAAUUACCAGUUCAAAUGAAUAUUUAGAUAUAUUAAUUCAAACAGAAAAUGAAGAAAAGAAAACAGGAUAUAAAGUACGAAUUGAAGAAUAUAAAGAACUUAAACAAGCAAAUGAAAUGAUAGAAGAUAUUAUGAAAAAUUCUACAACAAAAAAGAGUAAAGAAGAAAUUAAGGCAGAGUUUGAAGCUAAAAGGAAAGAAUUAAAAGAAGGAGGAAAAUCAACAAUGGAUAAACUCAUUGAAAAAAUGAGAAGAAUAUUUCCCUGGUAA